AAGAGCCAGGAAACAAAGUUCCAAGCAAAACACAAUUUCCCUCCUUUCGUACACUCUCUUCAUCUCUUGCAGUCUUGCCUAACAAUUUCUCUCUCCUCCACACCGGCGACUUACUCCGUCUACGAAUUCAAUUUUCUACCACAUCUGAGAACCCCCAUCAAUUUCCCUUUUCGCAGGAUUGCAGGACGCUGUUGACCGUAAAACAAAAUGGCUACUGUCCCAGUUAACCCAAAACCUUUCUUGAACAAUUUGACUGGAAAGCCUGUCAUUGUGAAGCUGAAGUGGGGAAUGGAGUACAAAGGUUAUCUUGUGUCAGUUGAUGGGUACAUGAACCUACAGUUGGCAAACACAGAAGAGUAUAUUGAAGGCCAGAAGACUGGAGAUCUUGGGGAGAUUCUCAUCAGGUGCAACAAUGUCUUGUAUCUUCGAGGAGUUCCUGAGGACGAAGAAAUAGAGGAUGCUGACAAAGACUGAAGAAAUAUACGGAGUUACCUUUUUGCUAGGAAUGCAACUGAUGGAUUGUAAUGCAUUAUGCUCGUCUGAGAAGGUUAAUGUUAGGCGCAACAACUAAGGAAUUUUUAGGUGGAUUUGAUACAUUUUAUGUAUAAAAAGUUCACUUAUUAUGAAAAAUAGAAAUUCCUUAUUUGUAAUGAUAGCAAAAUUUUAUGUGUUAUGACUUGUGACAUCCAAAUAAGGGAUUUUCUCAAGUUAUCGGAUAGGGAAUUUUGGGUUUCCUCGUAAUCUUGUUUCCGUAAA